CUUGUGAACGUUUGCCCAAAGAAAGAACAGCGAAAAUUUACAGCGUCCGAAAAAUACGCGAAAGCUAUCAAAUAUUUGUAAAGAUAUACCUCAAAGAUGUCGAUUGGUGUACCUAUUAAAGUUUUACACGAGGCCGAGGGCCACAUAAUCACUUGCGAGACAAUUACCGGCGAAGUCUACCGCGGCAAGCUCAUUGAGGCUGAGGACAACAUGAAUUGCCAAAUGACACAAAUCACGGUCACCUAUCGGGACGGGCGAACAGCCAACCUGGAGAAUGUCUACAUACGCGGAUCCAAGAUACGUUUCCUCAUACUGCCCGACAUGCUAAAGAACGCACCGAUGUUUAAAAAGCAGACCGGCAAAGGCCUUGGUGGUACAGCGGGACGCGGCAAAGCGGCGAUACUUCGAGCACAGGCACGCGGUCGGGGCAGAGGAACUGGUCCUCCUGGCGGCGGUCGAGGCGGCGGUGGACCACCAGGUGCACCCGGUGGUGGCGGACGCGGCGCUUGGCAAGGCGGUCCCACAGGCGGACGUGGACGCGGCGGCUUGUAAAAUAUAAUGCGGAAGUGCAGCACAUUCGACUAUACAUAAUUUAAGGGAAAAUUAAUCUUAGCGGGCGGGUCGCAAACAAACCAUGUUGAAGUCUUAUAAUUGUCAAAAGAAAACAAAACAAUGGAACCAGAAACUUGAAUUUCAAAA